AUGCAAAUCAAUGGCGGUAAUGAUAGCAGCAGUGACUCAAGUCGCAAUCCUCUGAGGUCGUCGAGCUCGCCGAGCGGCAUGUCCUCGGAGGCCUCGGGCUCAGCACCACAGCAAAGCGACGAAGCGUCUCAGCCCUCUGAUACCGAGGAUGACGAACCAGCGCAGCCGCAAACUGAGGAAGAUGCAACGGAGGAGGUGCGGAGCUGCUGGCAGUUUGCGAGCGUUGUGCAGUUCGCACGGCUGUUCGCAAAGCAGCUACAGCUGAGGCCGUUAUCCGCCGACCAAGUGGAGAAGUCAGUCCUGAAGCCCGCGGAGAAUCAGGGCUUUCUAGCAGAGCUAGUUUACAAGCACCAUUGCUUGUUGCCGCCCGUCUGCUAUUCAUGCGGUGGCCUCACCUGGCCUAGAACCCCCGCGGCUUACCUGGAGGGCGAGGCGGAGGGCCGAUGGGAGGCGCUGCUGCAUGAAAAGCUGCACCGACAGUGGCGGGACGCCUUCCCCCGGAAUCCGAUGUCCAAAAAAGGCUUCCAGGAGCUGAGGGCGCUACAGCGGGUGCAAGUGUUGUACGCGCUGUGCGAGUGGCGGGCGCACGAAUGUCCGGUGAUCAGAGAGGCCAUACGUGACAUGGCAGACGAUUCGGAGGAGGCGACGGCGCUGCGGCAGCAGCCCCUCGGCGAGGACGCCCGCGGCCGCCGAUAUUUCUUCUUCAGCGCCAACGGAUUUGAGGACUGCUUCCUCUUCAGGGAGGGGCCGCCGAGGGGUGCUGUGGCGGUGGCUGCCACCGCCAAGGCCGGUCGCGCCGGCCGCGAUACGUCAGCCUCCUCAGAUGCGGAUGCGGAGUGGUGUACGGAGUGUACGACUCUGGAAGAGGUUCAGGAACUGUCUCGCCGCAUGGGUAACUCUCGUUACAGGAACGAGCGCGCUCUGCACCAGGUGCUGGAGGAAGAGGUUUUGCCCAAGUUGGCCGCCAGCGUGGAGGCCAGGGAGCGGGCGGCGCUGUAUGAGGCGAUGCCCAAGAAGCGUUCCGACCGGCUGCACACAUUACAGAAGAAGAAGGAGGAGGAGGACGCGGCGAGGAAGGCACGUGCUGAAGAGGAGCGAUGCAAGCGAGAGGAGGAGGCCAGGGAGCGGGAGCGCAAGCGCAAGGAGAUGGAGAAGGAGCAGCGGCUGAAGGAGAUGGAGGCCGCGCGACGAAAGUUCCUCGGUCUGCCGGCGUCCUCGCCCCCUGGCCCCUCGCGGGAGGAGCGCAUGCGGAUGCGGGAGGAGCGGCGAGGAUCGGAGGAGCCGCUAAGGUCAGCAUCUAGGGAGCCCGGCGGCAGGGUAACAGGGCCGGCGGCGGCGGCCGCUGCAGCCACCGGCGAGACGCCGACCUGCCGGGAGCGGCAACUCGGUAGCCGGGAAACCAGCGCGGCUCCCGGCAGUGGGCCGCCGGGCAGCGGCGGUAGCGGCAGCGGCGGCGACGCGAGCCGGCGGCCGCAGCAGCGCAAGGACGGCAAGGAACAUGAAGUGGGAAAGGAAACGACAGGGCCUGGCGGCAGCGGCGGCGGGGAAGCGCCACCCGACGCCGUACGGGUAUCCCGCAGUGGACGGCCGCUGCGGAGGCCCCGCGGCAUGGACUCAGACGACGACGAUGGGGGUCCCCCUGGGCCCAGCCGCGCAACUACCUCUGCGCAGGAGCCGCGCAAGGCCCCACGCCGGUUGAAGGUGGAGGCAGAGGCAACGGCGGCGGCGACGGCGCCCGAUCCAGAGGCGACGGUUCCCGCUUCCGUGACAACACAGUUCGCUUACGUUACAGCAGCGCCGGAGGUGCCUGCUGAGCCCCCGCCUCCGCCACCGCAGGACCCCACACAGCCGCAGCAGCCGUCGCCAUCUCCGUCACCGCGGCCACGGAAACGGUGUCGGUACGAGCACGGGAUGGAUUGGUCGCCGCUGGGGGUACCUGUGGUGCGUGGCGAGCGGACGACGGAGCUGUACCGGCCUAGGGCGAGGGUGGACCUGCUGAACCAGGUGGCGUGCGGUAACACAUGUGACCUGCCGUACCACGUCGCGGGGGCGGCAAAAAAAAUGGCGGAACAGGAUCGUCGAGCUGCGGCGCGGAUGCGGAUGCGUGUGCAGCCGCAGGCGCAGGUGCUACUGUCGGGAGAGGAGCUGCCGCCGUCACCGACGUACGACUCGGUGCUGCCGCCAGCAGCGGCGCUGCUGCAGCAGCAAGAGCCGCAGCAGCAGCUGCAGCUGCCGCCGCCGCUGUCCCCGACGCGCUUGCACGAGCUCGCAUUGGCAGCGGCCGGGGUCCGGCUGGUGCCGCCGACCUUGGACCCUGCUCUCGCCGCCACCACCGCCGACGGAGGCGACAGAAACGUCGUAAGCUUAGGGCCGCAUGAGGAGGAGAUCUCUGGAGGCGGGCAGCAGCAGGCGAUUUCUGCGACACGGAUGCGGCGGCCCCGCAAGCCGUCUCGAAGAGCCUUGUCAGCCGAUGAUGAUGACGAUGAUGAUGAUUACGAUGGUGGUGGCAGAAGCAGCAGUAGCCGCCGCCGCGGCGGCGGCAGCGGCGGCGGCCGGCCGGUCGGCCGGCGGUCGGCCGUUUCGACAGGGGGAGCACUGUCAGCGGCGCCACCGGCGGCAGACGCCGCAGCCGCCGAUACCUUCCAGAUGCGGCGGGAUCAUCUUGCACUUCAACAACAGCAACAAACACACUUUCAUCCACAGCAGCAGCAGCAAUUGUCAUCAACAUUGGUGUCUGCGGCUGGUGCGAGCGCCGCGAGCACAGCAACGGCUCCUUCAGCGGCCGCGGCGGCCCCGCCGCAGCCGCCUCCAGUUCCGCCACCUCCUGCAGCAGCACCAGCAGCCCAGAGCAACCUGCAGGCGACGGCUGCUGCGGCCACGGCGGUGCCGGGGGCCCCUCCACAUUCCGCGCUGGCGGCCGCUCCAGUCCCUCAGCAAGCACCCACAGCAGCUGUGACACCAUCCGCCGCGAUGUUCCAACUGGUGCGUUGGGGGGAUUGCGAGUGGGACACAUGCAAGGUGUUCUCCUUGGGUUCCAAGGCCAAGAGAAAGAGGGAGAAAGGUGUGGGUCGGCAGGGAAUUGGUGAGACAGGUGGGGAUGUGGCUAGAGGGACGGUGUGGCAGGUUGUAAAUGGUCACCUGAUGGCGAGCGGGCGGGCGGGCGUGCUGCAGAUGCUUGAGCGGAUGCCCGCGGCGCAGCGGCAGCAGGUCCUCAGCCUUCCGCCGCCGCAGCAGGUGCAGGUCUUGGUGGGGCUAAUGCAGCAUGCCCUGUGGCAACAGCAGCAACUCCUGCUGCUACAACAGCAACAUGUACUACAGCAGCAGCAACAACAGCAGCAGCGACAAGAGCAGCCGGGGCAGCACCCGCAGCAGCAAGCGCUGGCCUCUUCACACGAAGCAGCAAACGAAGCCCCAGCCGCCCCAGCCAGCGACCCGCAGGCACUGGCCUCAGCCACAGCGCGCGCGACCUUGUUGCCGCCCCAACAGCUACUAUCGCAGCAACAGCAGUUGUCCCAACAGCCGCAAGCAAGACAACAGCCGGGGGCGCCGGAGUGUCAAUCCCUGCAGCAACGCCAGGCGACGGCUCCAGCAACGGACAACCAAGCCGUUGGACACCAAGAUGCAGAGGAGCUUCAAAUUCCGACAAUGGAGGACGAGCUGCAGCCGCUGGCUCUUCCUCUUCCUCCGCAGACCCUGCAGCACGAGCAGCAGCAGGAGGUGGGCCAGGAGCUGGAAACGAAGGAAGAGGAGCCUUCAGAGCCAGGUGCUUCAAUGCUGCCGGCGUCGGCACCGCUGCUGAAAGAAGCGCCAGCAGAAGCUGCGGCAGCAGCAGCGCUACAGUACCAGGAGUCUCAGCCGGUGUUGGUGGAGCUUGAGGAGCAAACGGCUGCGGCCACGGUCUCGGCAGCAGCAGCAGCAGUAGCAGUGCAGGUGCAGGCUGGCAGCGAGAAAACUGCGGCUGAACAGGUGCUAGUGGUGGUGGCGGCUGAAAGCGCGCAUGCGGAAGAGCAGACGGGCACUGUACCCGGCAGCAUCAUACAGGAACGUGAUGGCCACGAUGUGGUGGUAGAAGCACAUGCAACGCCGGCUGUGGAGGCUUCAAUGCCCUCCGAGCUGCACACGCGUGCAGGAGCAUUGCAGCCGCAACUCGUGCCGGCACCCGCGCCAGUGCCGGUGCCGGCGGGAGAGGAGCUGGACCAGAUGGCAUUGCCGGCGCCGCAGCCACAGCUGCAGCCUGUGCUGCCAACGGUGAAAGGCGAUUGGGAGCCGACGCAGGAUUUGGGGCCGGGGUUGGGGCCCCAUACGGCCAAUAAGGAGAUCCCGGACAUGGCGGACAUGCCACGGGUUCCCACAUCCCCAUCAGAGACGCCGCAACCGGCAGUGCAGGAGGGCCCGGAGCCGGCACCACCGGAGGAGGCGCUACAGCCGCUAGUCAUAAGCGAUGCAGUAGAAACACGUCACGAAUUGCAACAACAGCAGCAGCAGGAACACGAACAGCAGCAGGAACAGCAGCCGACAGCAGAGGCUGUGGCAGGGCCAGAGGAGGCCCUGCAGACAGCAGCUGCGCCAGGAUCGGGAGGGUUUCUACAGCCGCAGGCGGUCGAGGGCCAGGCAGCGCAGCAGCUGCAGCAGCAGCAGCAUGGGACGGAGAUCGAGGCUCUGAUGUCGACCUCCGGGCCGCAGGUCUCGCAGGUUUCGGAGUCGGUGCCGGUCCUGGCGAUAUGCACGCUGGCGCAGGCGCAAGAGCAGGUUGAGCCGCUGCUCAUCCAAGUCGGGAGCGGCCAGGAACAAGUGCCUAUGUCGGCUGUCGAGGCGCAGACGGAAGGGCAGGUGUCUGUGCCGGCGGCAGCGCCGGAGCUGGGCCAGGUGCUACCGACCCUGGUGGAGCAAGCGCCGAUGCCAACGGACAUGCCCACGCCUGGAAACGCGACGGCUCCAGUCCCGAUGCCGGUGCAGGCGCAGGCCGCCGUGGUGGAGCAGGGGCAGGUGCCGGUAUGGGCAAAGACAGCAGCUCAGGAACAACAGCCCGUGGCAGCUGUGGAGAUGAAGGCAGCGGCAGCAACCCGACUACCGUUACAGGAAGCGCAAACUCUGGCUCAGUUGCAGGCGGCGCAGGCGCAGGCCGCGGCCCAUGCCCAGGCAACAGCACAGGCGCAGGCGGCGGCCCAGCUGCAGGCGGCGCAAGCUGCAGCCCAGCUGCUGGCCGCGCAGGCGCAGGCAGCAGCGCAGGCGCAUGCACAGGCGCAGGCGUCGGCACAUUUGGCGGCGCACGCGCAGAUGACUGCGCAGGCCCAGGUGGCUCAGAUGCAGGCCGCGCAGUUGCAGGCAGCAGCCCAGGCACAAGCGGCGAUGCAGGUGCAGCUGCUGGCGCAGUUCCAGGCCGCAGCGCAGGCGCAGAUGGCGGCGGCGGCGGUGGCGGCGGCGCAGAUGCAGGCGCAGGCCACGGGCGCGGUUGUCCCAGCUGUUAUACCUGGCGUCAUGCCGGUUCCUGGCGGCUUUGCGCCUGCUCCGGGCCUGGCGGCGGCGCAGCUCUGCGGCGGAGUACCUGGCGGGCAAGCAGCAGCAGUAACGCCUGCGGCAGCCCUUAGCACGAUGUUUGCGCACCAGCAGCAGCAGCAGCAGCAGCAACAACAACAACAACAGCUGCUACUACAGCAGCAACAACAACAGAUGCUGUUGCAGCAGCAGCUGCAGCAACAGCAGCUACAGCAGCAGUAUGCACAGCCCCAGUUCGCGCUUCUACAGCAACAACACCUGCUCCUACAGCAGCAACAACAACAGCUGCAGCAGCAGCAGCAGCAGCAGCAGGCAGCAACUGCACCCACGAUAACAGGUGGGACGCACUUAGUGACUGCUCAGCCAAACACUGCAAUAGCAGCCCCAGCCCCAGGAGCCUCAGCCUCAGCAUCCACAGCUGCUGCCACCGCUGCCGCCAACAUGUUCGCAGCGCGAUCGGCGGCUGUAGCCGUUGCCUCGGCAGCGGCGCCAGAUGGCGCAGAGGACGGUGCAGCCUGGCCCGGGCUUGCAGGCUCGCACCUCCAAGCACAGUUUGACGCCACCACUCCCCAGUCUCACACGGCGAUGGCGCCGAGCGCCGUGCCCGCGCCCCUGCUUGGAUAG